AUGGCGCCUCACACUCCGUCCACCGCAACCUUCAAGCUCAAUAAUGGAAAUUUGAUUCCCGCCGUUGGGCUUGGCACCUGGCAGUCGGCUGAUAGCCAGACUCGUGAUGCCGUCAGCUACGCCCUCCAGCAUGGGUAUCGCCACAUCGAUACCGCAUUGAAUUACCAGAACGAGAAGGAAGUAGGAGAGGGGAUCCGAAUGUCUGGAGUCCCUCGGGAAGGCAUUUGGGUAACGACAAAGUUGGACAACCCCUGGCACCAUCGUGCUCUCGAGGGUCUUGAAACCUCCCUGAAAGAUCUCGGCCUUGACUACAUAGACCUGUUCCUGAUUCACUUUCCUUGCUCCACGGAUCCCAAUGACAGUUCUAAGCAUCUACCGGACUGGGAUUACGUCAAAACAUGGCAAGAGAUGCAGAAAUUGUUGGACAGUGGCAAGGUCAAGAAUAUCGGGGUGUCAAAUUUCCAGAUUAGACACCUUGAGAAGCUUCUAAGUGACCCGACAUGCAAGGUUGUGCCCGCCGUUAAUCAACUUGAGCUUCACCCAUAUAACCCAUCACCAAAGCUACUGGACUAUUGCAAGUCCAAAGGGAUUCAUUGCACGGCAUACUCAUGCCUUGGUGGAAAUUCAAGCUCGCCUAUCAACAAACAUACUAACUUGUCUGAUAAUUUGGUCAUCGAGAAGAUUGCUAAGGCAAAGGGUAAAGCAUCGGCACAGAUUUUGUUGAAAUGGGGCCUUCAGAGAGGUACAAGUGUUAUUCCAAAGAGCGUCACUCCUUCACGAAUCAGCUCUAAUUUUGACCUCGACGGUUGGGAUCUUUCAGACGCUGAGAUGGCAGAGAUUGAUGCGAUUCCGAUUCGUGUCAAAGUAGUACAGGAUGACUGGAUGCCGAUUAAGGUCUUCUUUGGAGACGAUGAGUAG